AUGGCUUACGAAAAACGCAACGAAUAUACGCCUCCAGUGUUCAGCUUCACCGACAGCGCAACCCCAAGGGCAAGCCGUGACAACCAGGGCGCUUCUUCUUCGGCCGCCUACCUAACCAUUUCUGACGACGUCUGGCAUUACCAGUGGAACACACAGCACAGGCCAAUAAUCGAUGGGACUUACAAAGUCGACGGUGCCACUGGCAAUGCAAGCACUAGUUACCUGCUUCUGAGCUCCAGCAACAGUAUCGAUCAUGAAAGGCCCAGCACAAGCCGCGCCAGCACGGAGGAAUCGACAGCCAUUUUAGAAGACGGCGCCACUUGCAGGAAUGCCACUGGAACCGGAGGAAGAGAACAGGAAGAGUUCUGCGGUGUCUCUGGCAACGUUUCCAACAGACGGGAUGCCUUACACGGGUACACUAUGGUACACACGGCUUGCAAAGCCUACAUUUGUAAAGCACGCGAUUAAUCAUCUGUGAUGAAGUCGAAGUUUUUAGAACAUUGCCACAAAGGUUCUGACGAAAACCUUAAAUGCGAAAAAUGUGGUAAAUUGAUAGGCCGGGCUGAUCAUCUAAACAUUACCGCACGCAUACAGACAACAGACCCUACAAAUGCCCUAUAUGCGAGAAAUCGUUCCAACGUUCUAAUCACCUUGAUGUCCAUAAGCGCGCGCAUACGGGUGAAAAACACUACACUUGCAAAACAUGCGGUAUAUCAUUCGCGAAGAUGUGGAGUCUCAGUGCGCACCAGCCCACUCACACGGACGAGAAACUCCACGUCUGUCAUAAAUGUACUCUGCCAUUCAAUACCAAAGAAAAUCUCAAGCGCCAUCUCAACUUGUAUUGUAGAGACGGAGCAUUCGUUUGUGAAAUAUGUAAUCGAUCCAUCAAAAACAACUCAGGUCUCGGUAGUCGCCGCCAAAGCAUACACGGGGUUAAAACUCCGUAUCACGGUACGCAGCGUGGAUUUCGUUUCACAGAGAAAGCAAUCUUCGGCGGAGACCUGUGCCUGAAUAUUACGUGCCGAUUAUGCGGAGAUUUAUUUAUAGAUUCGGCUCAACUGAUUACACACCUGGUGACACAUACGUGUGUGCAACCUUAAAAUUCUGGCUAAUGCGCAAGUUAAGUAAAUCGCCCGCCGAUUUUGCAUAACGUGAGAGAAUUCGUGCAGGGAAACAACGCCGCCAUUCUUUCUCAGGAGCAAACAGCCUACUAAACGCCUCGCGUGCCGACGCCGGCUUCUUUUUACAUUUGAAACGGAUGAGUUAAGUGCUGGUUUUCAGAAAUUACGGGAGAAGACUUCGUCGCUAGAAGUUUUUUCGUGCUUGAAUGCCAAAGUACAGUGCACGUCCUGGACGGCGCUUUCUGAUUGCCGAAAUAUGUUGUUCGUGAAGGUAGCUUAAACAAACUCAUUUCGAGCCAACCGCUAAUGGUCUGCAAGUACGUGUUUUUUGUAACUAGAAGGUUGAAAUAUCGCCGCAAGAUCCUGCGCACAUCGUUUAAUUAGAGAAGCGUAUCGUGCAAGCGUUUUAAGAGCACUGAAAAUUAUUCUCUGCCAUUAUUUUAGGUUCUUGAGCACUGUUGCGUUCGAACAAUACUUGUGGAAGCUUUUAGCAAUAUAUAUAGCCACAUUGUAUACAUAGAAAAAUUCAUUUACGCAAAAUAUUUUUCAAUGCAUUUCAUAUUUUAGUUCUCGUUCGCUCUUGUAUUCCUACUGAAGAUAUUUGAUCUUUACCAUAAACUAAGCUGAUGACAGUAGUGAGACUAACAAAUUCAAGUUGUUUGGAAUUGCACUCUAUACGUUCUCCUUUUAUAAUUUUUUUAGUUAUUCCUGUUUUAUUGUGAUAGAACAUCUGCCAGCUUUAAAGGGCCGUUUUUAUCCACUCGAAAGUCAAAUGUUCCGACCCGGCCUGCUCUUUAAUUACAGCUAUAAAAUCUUAGUUUGAUGUGACAAACGCAUUCGUGCGAGCAUUGACAAGUAAGACGCAAUUUUUAUGCAUACUGACGAACCUACUUGUAUCUCUUUACUUCGAACGCGUUUCAACCGCUAACAAAUGUUAAAUUACCGCUGAGCGCAUGACGCGUCAGUAUGUAUCCACAUUCUCGAAAUUUCUCGCAGAUUAAUCUUUGGCUACGUUGCAGUCGAACCUUUUCCAAUCGAAGUGACUAGGCGACGAUUAUACGGAUGUUCAUUCGUAAAGGCUUACGAGCUCCAGCAAUGACGGAUCAAUCUUCCACGAAUGGCGUGGGAAAAGCUAACGCUGAUUAGGCACAAACCACGUUUCAGACAAUCGGCGCAUGUGCCCGGCACCAUGUUUCUGCCAGAGUAUAACUUGUUUUGCGAGUUCAGUUAUUUCCAAUAAAAAGUA